AAGAAUUUCAGUGAUUUUCAGAAACAUUACUUUAGGAGAACAUCACUGCAUCAUUUGCAUAAGCCAAGAUUCUAGUUUAUAUCACAAAAUUCUAUACUUACCAAGAAACUUUUAUUUUUUUUUGAUUUGAAGGCCAAUCAUCAAUAGUUCAUGUUAGGUGAGAAUUAAUCUAGAGGUAGAUUAAAUAGUUAUCAAUGAGGAAGGAACCCUCAAUCAACUCCACCUCUAAAUCUUAGCUACGUUAAUCAAAUAAUCAAUGUACAUAUUUUAACAAACCCAUUUAUAAUUAUCCAACUUGAAA